UUCAUCUCCAACUCCUCUUCUCUAACAUCACACCAACUCCCCCUCUUCUUCUACCACCUUACCAUACUCUCAAUCUAUACCACAAUUUAUCCACCCUCAUCCACCAAACACACCACGCCACAUCCUAAGAACUCCCCCAAAACAAUACCCCCCAAAAUGUCCCUCCCCAAUCACCCCUCCUCCUCCAAAACCCUAACACUCAGCCAACCUCACCCCUCCAUCCUCCUCGUGACUAUAUCCCGCCCAACCGCCCUAAACAGCAUCUCAUCCGCCGGCCACCAAGAACUCCACGCUAUCUGGACCUGGAUGGACGAACAGCCCUCCAUCCGAGUCGGGAUAUUAACCGGUGCGGGUAGAGCUUUUUGCGCCGGCGCGGAUUUAAAAGAAUGGAACAACACCGUCCAAGGAACAUCCACCUCCCAAAAAGAAACCCCCAACAUGCCCCCCUCCGGCUUCGGCGGCCUCUCCCGCCGCAGCGGCAAAAAGCCCAUAAUCUGCGCUGUGAAUGGACUCUGUCUGGGUGGUGGAUGCGAGAUGGUUCUCAAUGCGGACUUGGUGAUUGCCGCCGAAAAGGCGUAUUUCGGAUUACCCGAGGUGCAGCGCGGCGUGGUGGCGUGGGCGGGAGCGUUGCCGCGGUUGGUGCGGACGGUGGGACGGCAACGGGCGAUGGAGAUGGCGUUGACGGGCCGGCGAGUGGGUGCAGCGGAAGCGUUGCAAUGGGGGUUCGUGAAUGAGGUGGUGCCGGCGGAGGGGGAUGUGGUGAAGCGCGCGGUGGAGGUGGCGGCGCAGAUUGCGGCGAAUAGUCCGGAUGCGGUGAUUGUAAGUCGCGAGGGUGUCAAGCUGGGAUGGGAAGGCUUGGGAGCGGAGGAGGCAUCGAGCCGCCUGAUUGAGGAGUGGUCGGGGCGGUUAAAUGCGGGUGACAAUAUCCAGGAGGGCCUGCGUGCGUUCGUGGAGAAACGGAAGCCUCGGUGGGUGGAUAGUAAGUUGUGAUCUAUUCUACGUUGCGCCUACGAGAUACCAGUGCAGUUCAUGUUAUGAAGUCAUGUAUUCCUUGGUCCUAGCUGCCUG